GCGAGCGGGACACGGUGGUGGAUGCAAUUCCCCUCGCCUGCAGCCGCCAGGAGCUCCCCGGCGCCGCAGGCAGUGUCCUCCUCCGAAGCAGCUGCACUCGCACCUGGGCAGCCUGGACCCUCGUGCCCUGCUCCCGGGGUCUCACGCGGGGGGAGCCCCGGGACACCCCCUGCGGGCCGGGUGGAGGUGGAGGAGGAGGAGGAAGAAGAAGACGUGGACCAGGACCCCCACCCUAUCCUGAACACCUGGCUGAGCUGCUGCCACUUCUUUUUAAGGGGGAAAAGAGAGCCUGGGAGAGUCAUGGGGGGCUGCGAAGUCCAGGAAUUUCUUUUGCAAUUUGGUUUCUUCUUGCCACUGCUGACAGCUUGGCCGGGCGAGUGCAGUCACGUCUCCAACAACCAAGUUGUGUUGCUUGAUACAACAACUGUGCUGGGAGAACUAGGAUGGAAAACAUAUCCAUUAAAUGGGUGGGAUGCCAUCACUGAAAUGGAUGAACACAAUAGGCCUAUUCAUACUUACCAGGUAUGCAAUGUAAUGGAGCCAAAUCAAAACAACUGGCUUCGUACAAACUGGAUCUCCCGUGAUGCAGCUCAAAAAAUUUAUGUGGAAAUGAAGUUCACACUGAGGGACUGUAACAGCAUCCCAUGGGUCCUGGGGACUUGCAAAGAAACUUUUAAUCUGUAUUAUAUGGAAUCGGAUGAGUCCCAUGCAAUUAAAUUCAAGCCAAGCCAGUAUACUAAGAUCGACACAAUUGCUGCUGAUGAGAGUUUUACCCAGAUGGAUUUAGGUGAUCGCAUCCUCAAACUCAACACUGAAAUUCGUGAAGUGGGGCCGAUAGAAAGAAAGGGAUUUUAUCUGGCUUUUCAAGACAUUGGGGCUUGCAUUGCCCUGGUCUCUGUUCGUGUUUUUUACAAAAAGUGUCCCUUCACUGUUCGAAACUUGGCCAUGUUUCCUGAUACCAUCCCAAGGGUUGACUCUUCCUCUUUGGUUGAAGUACGCGGCUCUUGUGUGAAGAGUGCUGAAGAGCGUGAUACUCCUAAACUAUACUGUGGAGCAGAUGGAGAUUGGCUGGUACCUCUUGGAAGAUGUAUCUGCAGUACUGGAUAUGAAGAAAUUGAGGGUUCUUGCCAUGCUUGCAGACCAGGAUUCUAUAAAGCCUUUGCUGGUAACACAAAGUGUUCUAAAUGCCCUCCGCAUAGUUUAACCUACAUGGAAGCAACAUCUGUCUGUCAGUGUGAAAAGGGUUACUUCCGAGCUGUAAAAGAUCCACCUUCUAUGGCAUGCACCAGGCCACCUUCUGCUCCUAGGAAUGUGGUUUUUAACAUCAAUGAAACAGCCCUUAUUUUGGAAUGGAGCCCACCAAGUGAUACAGGCGGAAGAAAAGAUCUCACAUACAGUGUAAUCUGUAAGAAAUGUGGCUUAGAUCCCAGCCAGUGUGAGGACUGUGGUGGAGGACUCCGCUUCAUCCCAAGACACACUGGCCUGAUCAACAAUUCCGUGGUAGUGCUUGACUUUGUGUCUCACGUGAAUUACACCUUUGAAAUAGAAGCCAUGAAUGGAGUUUCCGAGUUGAGUUUUUCUCCCAAACCAUUCACAGCUAUUACAGUGACCACGGAUCAAGAUGCACCUUCUCUGAUAGGUAUGGUAAGAAAGGACUGGGCAUCCCAAAAUAGCAUUGCCCUAUCAUGGCAAGCACCUGCUUUCUCCAAUGGAGCCAUUCUGGACUACGAGAUCAAGUACUAUGAGAAAGAACACGAGCAGCUCACCUAUUCCUCCACGAGAUCCAAGGCCCCCAGUGUCAUCAUCACAGGUCUCAAGCCGGCCACCAAGUACGUAUUUCAUAUCCGAGUGAGGACCGCUACAGGGUACAGCGGCUACAGUCAGAAGUUCGAAUUUGAAACAGGAGAUGAAACUUCUGACAUGGCAGCAGAACAAGGGCAGAUUCUGGUGAUCGCCACCGCCGCUGUUGGGGGAUUCACUCUUCUCGUCAUCCUCACUUUGUUCUUCUUAAUCACUGGCAGGUGUCAGUGGUACAUAAAGGCUAAAAUGAAGUCAGAAGAGAAAAGAAGAAACCACUUGCAGAAUGGGCAUUUGCGUUUCCCAGGAGUUAAAACUUACAUUGAUCCAGAUACCUAUGAAGACCCAUCCCUAGCAGUCCAUGAAUUUGCAAAAGAAAUAGAUCCUUCUAGAAUUCGCAUCGAAAGAGUCAUUGGGGCAGGUGAAUUUGGAGAAGUCUGUAGUGGGCGUUUGAAGACACCAGGGAAAAGAGAGAUCCCAGUUGCUAUUAAAACUUUGAAAGGUGGCCAUAUGGAUCGGCAAAGGAGAGAUUUUCUAAGAGAAGCCAGUAUCAUGGGUCAGUUUGACCACCCAAAUAUCAUUCGUUUAGAAGGUGUUGUCACAAAAAGAUCCUUCCCAGCCAUUGGGGUGGAAGCGUUUUGCCCCAGCUUCCUGAGGGCAGGCUUUUUAAAUAGCAUCCAGGCCCCGCAUCCAGUGCCAGGGGGAGGAUCUUUGCCCCCCAGGAUUCCUGCUGGCAGACCAGUAAUGAUUGUGGUGGAAUAUAUGGAGAAUGGAUCCCUAGAUUCCUUUUUGAGGAAGCAUGAUGGCCACUUCACAGUCAUCCAGUUAGUUGGCAUGCUCCGAGGCAUUGCAUCAGGCAUGAAGUACCUUUCUGAUAUGGGCUACGUUCAUCGAGACCUGGCGGCUAGGAAUAUAUUGGUGAACAGCAACCUGGUAUGCAAAGUUUCUGAUUUUGGUCUUUCCCGAGUGCUAGAAGAUGAUCCAGAAGCUGCUUAUACAACAACUGGUGGGAAAAUCCCUAUAAGGUGGACAGCCCCAGAAGCUAUCGCCUAUAGAAAAUUCUCCUCAGCAAGUGACGCAUGGAGCUACGGCAUUGUCAUGUGGGAGGUCAUGUCCUAUGGAGAAAGACCUUACUGGGAAAUGUCUAACCAAGAUGUCAUUCUGUCCAUUGAAGAAGGUUACCGACUUCCAGCUCCUAUGGGCUGCCCAGCAUCUCUACACCAACUGAUGCUCCAUUGCUGGCAGAAGGAGAGAAAUCACAGACCAAAAUUUACUGACAUUGUCAGCUUCCUUGACAAAUUGAUCCGCAAUCCCAGUGCCCUUCACACCCUGGUGGAGGACAUCCUUGUAAUGCCAGAGUCCCCCAGUGAAGUUUCUGAAUACCCUCUGUUUGUCACAGUCGGUGACUGGCUGGAUUCUAUAAAGAUGGGACAAUAUAAGAAUAACUUCAUGGCAGCAGGGUUUACGACAUUUGACCUGAUUUCGAGAAUGAGCAUUGAUGACAUUAGGAGAAUCGGAGUCAUACUCAUUGGACACCAGAGACGAAUAGUCAGCAGCAUACAGACUUUACGUUUACAUAUGAUGCACAUACAAGAGAAAGGAUUUCAUGUAUGAAAGUACUAUAAGCACCUGUGUUUUGUGCCUCAGCAUUUCUACAAGGAAAAUGUCCUCUCUACUACUCUCUAUUCUGAUUCUCCAAACAUUACUUCUCAAACCACGGUCUCCUGUUCAGACUAUGGCUGCACACACACCUUAUGUUUAUGCUUCCAACCUGGAUUUUAAAAUCAUGCUACAUAGGUCCUCUCUGAAUAGCCUGCAAAUAAAACCUUGGCCCACUUCAGAUUAUCGCUACACAAUGAUAAAUAACUCAGCAUGGAUUUGUAACUUUGUAUAGAAGUAUUUGGAAAGUGUUCACAGACUUAACCUAAAGGAAUCUGUCCAGAUGUGGCAUCCUUAAAGAUGUAUGUAGAGUUUAAUGGUAGAUGAGAAAGAAAUAGUUGACCUUUCUUUCAUAUUUUGUGAUCAAGUAGCUUCCAAAUUGCUAUUAAUAUUUAUUUUUUAGAUAACUUUACUCAAUCUAUCGGUUGUAUUGUUGCUUUAUUUUUUAAUAGUUUAACUGUUGGUGCCUGAUGUUAUUAGAAUGAUUUGCCUAAAUGACCAAUGAUUCCA